AUGGCAGGAGGAGUGAGGAGGAUCAAGUUGGGUUCACAAGGCCUUGAGGUCUCUGCUCAAGGCCUGGGAUGUAUGGGAAUGUCUGCGUUCUAUGGCGCUCCGAAGCCCGACACAGACAUGAUCAGUCUCAUCCACCAUGCCAUUGACUCCGGCGUCACCUUCCUCGACACCUCUGACAUCUACGGCCCCUUCACCAACGAAAUUCUGCUUGGCAAGGCUCUGAAGGGAGGGGUAAGAGAGAAGGUUGAAUUGGCCACCAAAUUUGGCAUCUACUUCGCAGACAAGAAGAUGAAGGUGCGAGGUGACCCUGCCUAUGUGAGGGCUGCUGCUGAGGAUAGCUUGAAGCGCCUUGGUGUUGAUUCUGCUGAUCUCUAUUAUCAGCAUCGGAUUGACACCACUGUCCCCAUAGAAGUCACGGUAGGGGAAUUGAAGAAACUAGUUGAAGAGGGUAAGGUGAAGUACAUUGGCCUAUCUGAGGCCUCAGCUUCUACAAUAAGAAGAGCACAUGCUGUUCAUCCAAUAACAGCUGUGCAGUUGGAGUGGUCCUUGUGGUCGAGAGAUGUCGAGGCAGAAAUAGUUCCUACUUGCCGGGAACUUGGCAUUGGUAUUGUUGCAUACAGUCCUCUAGGGAGAGGAUUCUUUUCAUCAGGCGCUAAGUUCGUCAAAAACCUCUCCCAUGAUGAUUCUCGAAAGGAUCACCCCAGGUUCCAACCCGAAAACGUAGAGCAUAAUAAAGCACUAUUCGAGCAGGUUAGUGAUCUUGCUGCAAGGAAAGGGUGCACCCCAUCUCAGCUAGCACUGGCCUGGGUUCAUCAUCAAGGAAACGAUGUGUGUCCGAUACCCGGAACCACCAAGAUUGAGAAUUUUAACCAGAACAUUGGUGCUCUCUCUCUGAAACUGACACCAGAAGAACUGGCUGAGCUUGAUUCUUUUGCUUCUGCUGAUGCCGUUAAAGGUGGCAGAUAUCAGAGUGGCUUUAGCACUUGGAAGAACUCUGAAACUCCUCCAGUGUCUUCAUGGAAAGCCACAUGA